AUGGAGGAGGCGCUGCUCUCCACCCCCAUCAACCCCAACAACUUCCCCGCCAAACUGUGGCGGCUGGUGAACAGCCCCCGGUACCGCUCGAUCCGCUGGGACGGCCGCGGCGAGGGGCUGCUCAUCGACCAGCCGCUCUUCGAGGCUGAGCUGCUCAGCCCGCCCGUGGCGGGGGCCGGCGGCUGCAGCGGCGGCGUCCGGGGCGCCAGAGCCGAGCCCGAGCUCUUCAAAACCACCAACUUCACCAGCUUCAUCCGCCAGCUCAACCUCUACGGCUUCCGCAAGGUGGUGCUGGGCGGGCCGGCCGCGGCGGGGCCCGAGCCGGGGCCUGGGGGCGGCGGGCCGGCGGGCGACGGGCCCCUCCACCACUUCCACAGUCCACACUUCCGUCGCGACCAGCCGCACCUGCUCGUGCACCUCAAGAGGCUCACCAGCGCCAACAAGGCCAAACUGGCGGCCGGCCUGGAGGUGCCCUGCCGGCCGCCCAACCGCUUCCAGAGGCUCCUCAUCACGUCGGCCUCGGCCUCGGCCUCGGCCUCAGCCUCCGCCUCAGCCUCGGCCUCAGCCUCGGCCUUGGCCGCCACCUCCCCGCUGCCACAUCAGGAGCCGCCGCCGCCACCCGCGGGGUCCCAGCCCGAGUCGCACGGACCAGUGGCUGUAGGACAAUUCCACCGGUCGUUCCGGCGAGAUAGUUUGUCUCCUUACUCCUACGUAUCAGCUCCAUCCCACAACCACGGUCCUUUCCCUCUGAAAGGUUUAGAUCGGACCCCGAUUCCUCCUAGAACAUGGCAGAACUCUCUUGGAAUGCACCCAGGACAAGUGGAAACGUCUCUCACUUUUUCAGAUAAAGGGGUUCCAUUUCCUGUACUACAGAGGUUUCCAACUGAGGUUACAUAUACCCUGCAGCCCAGUGCCACAUCCGUACAUGUUCAACAAGGUCCUCAAACAAUGAUCAGCUCCUCCCAGAAAUAUAGUAACUACACACCGUCAGCGCAGUACUCCCAAGCCUACUAUCCAACAGCUGUGCUGCAGUGCUGCUCUCCUACCCACAUGGAUGCGCUCAGUAGUUGUGUGACUCCCACUGCCCCUUCCUAUGCACACUGCAACUACUUCCAGAAUCCUCCAGUGCAAUCCUCCUAUCCAGUUGAAUUUCUGCCUUCUGAUUGGCCUUGCAGUGCUACUGAUGAAAAUAAAAAGUCAGAAUUAAACCUAGAGGCUGCUUUUCAGAUAGUAGAUGAGUUGCAUUCCUCCCCUAAAUUGGAGAUGGUAAAGGUGGAGCCUGUUGAGAAUCAGUGCUCAACAUCUCAGUCUAACAGAGGCCAACAUAUCCUAGCGAAUUCAAACAACAGCAAUCCAUCUUCCACAAGUCAGGCUAGCCAGCUGGAGCCACUUACUGCUGUAGGCUCAGAUAUUACGUCUUUUGUGGCUGGAACAGAACAAGCAAUUACCUGCUCUCUACCACAGUCACCUGAGUACAACUAUACCAUCCACACGGCUCAGCCUGUUGAAAACACUACAAUGCAGGAGUCUGCAGCCAGUCAGCAAGCUCAUGUCAAACCGAAGGAGCAGCUAAGUCAUAAUCCAUCUCCGUCUUCAGUAGUAUUUGUGCAGGAAGGGCUACCGUUCAGCACACGCGAGGUGGAUGCCAGUAUAAAAUGCCAGAUGAAAACACCUGAGAAUAUCUUGCCUUCAGAACAGAUGGGAUUCCUUAUUUCAGAAAUGGGGCCUGCUAGCAAGCCUAGUAAAGACACAGGUUUAUCCACUCCAGCCAGAUACAGCGAGCGAAGAAGCAACUCACAGCAAGGAAAGUCCCCUGAUCUUCAUCUGCUGGUGGAUGUGGCCUGCAAACAGGAGCACUUUCCACAGGAGGAAGAAUUAAAAGAGUGA